CCGAGAAACGGUGGAGUCCAAAUGCACGGGCGCCAGCAGCCUUCGCCCAAGAAGCCCCGCGCGCCGGGACUCCGACGCUCGACAACAGCGUCCAACAGCACCUCGCCCCGGGCGGCGGCCAAGCCGGCGCCCGACGCGCUGCGACGCGACAACAACCAAGAGCGGACGGGGGCCAUGGAGCCGUUCAAGGUCAACCCGAUCUUGGAGGCGGCGCAGCCCAACAAAUACCGACGCAAGCGCGCCGACCUAAAGCCGCUGGCGGGCGGCGCUGUACACCCGAUCAUCCAAACGAGCUUGGAGGCGGACCGGCUGGACCAGCGCCUCUCGAGCAUCAAAAUGCAGAUCGACCACGUGCUUCUCGGUGGCCAUUUGGCCGAAGAGCCGUCACCUUGCAAGCCCAUCGUCGACACCCGACCCAUGACAACCGACCCGUCGCCUGUCUCGUUCAAGUCGACGCUGCUGCCGCCGGCGAACGCGCCGGGCCGCGACAUUCUGCAGGCGCAGCGGUAUCUCUGCGCCGACGCCGAGGUCGAGCACUGGCUCCAAACGUACGAGGCCGAGAAAGGCCAGUUUACCUCCUUCGCACUCUUCACAGAGUACAAGCUCGACCAGCUCACCAAUUUCACAGCCGAGGCCGGUCGGCCGAACGUCAUUGAGACAGCUGCGUGCUUUGCAGCGCUGUAUAAAAUGCCCGGCAUCCUCGGCAGCUACAAGUCGCUGCUGCAGAAGAUUGUGAUCGGCCUCGAGUAUAGCAUCUACGGCUCGUCGCACUUUGGCGCCAAGUCGGACGGACUGCACUUCCACAUGGCCCAGCAUGCGUCCGACGCGACGCCCAGCGCGAUCGGCGACGUUGUCCGGUCCUUCUACCAGCGCAAGCCCUUCUUCGUGCAGCUCCGAGAGCUCGAGCACGACCAGGCGCUGACGUCGCACCUCGGGCUGCCCCGGCGAACCACUGUGCGCCACCUCACGGACGCCGACAAGAUCCGCGUCCUCGAAGUGUGCUCGGCAGACCUCAUUGAACGCGGCUUGCAGCGGUUUCCUGACGACAUCCGCAAAGCGCUCGGGCGCAAGCUCGCCGGCCAGUCCGGCCAAGGGGCCGCUGACGCGACACCGUCGCAGAUCUGCCGUCAGAUCUUAGCGCUCGCCAAGGCCCUCGACACCGACACGAAGGGCAUUGUCGUGGCCGGUCUCCUCGAUGAGCUGAGCCUCGUAGAGCGCACCGAAGCCAUUUUCAACACUCUUGGGCUGGAAGGCGAAGCGCUCGUCCUCGCCAGCAUCCUCGGGCGCGACGAAGCGCAGCUUGCAAGCAUCCGCGACUCGCUCGCGCUUGUGACCGACCCCAUGUGCCUCGUGCACAUGUACUUUUGCAGCUCGCCCGGCUGCCGCGCCGGCUUUCUGGAGGUCGCUCUUGGUGCGCGCCACGAGUACCAGUUCCUCAACGACCUCAUGCUGGCGCUCUCGCCCGACCAGCGCCGGCAGCUCGCCGAGGAAACGACGCCGCGCCCUGCAUCCGCCGCCAUGCUUACCCCCCGCCGCCUGCACGAAGCGCUGACGGCUUUGGCGGCGUCCCCAACCCCCUUUGCGCCUCUGGAGCAAAAGGCGCUCUUCCACGACGUGUGCAAGCUGCUCAAGACGUGGACAACGUCCGAGCACGUCAAUCUUGAGCACUUUAUCAUUGACGCUGUCCACUCAAUCGUAUCGCGCGACGGAAAGCGGCGCCUUCUCAAGAUGCUCCUCAAAGGCGACAGCGACGGCGCCAAAGCGAUCGUCGCCGACUACCUCGGGUCGCUCUCGCUCGCGGACCGUCUCGCGCUGGACGCCCAUAGCAUGUUCCUCCUCGAGCCGUUCAAGAAACACGUGACAAGCAUGACCAACGAAAUGCGACUCAACGUCCUCUUUGCGACCAUGGAAGCCAUCGCCAAGGACCUCGAAGCCCACGGCGUCGACCUCGAGACGGCCAAACCCGUCAAGUCCAUCCAACGCUACGUGCGCGAGCUCUUUGGCCUCGCCGUCAGCGCCGGCGGCAACCCGGCAGCGCCUCGCCCGACGGUAACGCAAGCUGCUCCCGCCAUCGUGCCGGCCGCUGGCAUCAUGCCGGCCGCUGGCAUCAUGCCGGCCCCCGCCGGCGUAGAAGCCUCCGCCGCCGGACAGACCGCAACCACGUCUGCCCCGUCAACUGACUUCGCACCGGAUACCACGUCGGUCGCCCACACGCCACCACACUUGGUCGAGAUCGGGCAAACCGUAGCGUCGACGCUCGAGGUGUUGUGUCAACUGGAGCCCGAGGCGCGGGCGGUCAUUUUGCAGUCGCUCGCCGCGUCCAUGCCCGAGGUCGUUCCGAACGGGUCGCUGUCGCUCGAGAUGCAGCUCGUGUCCGGUCUCAGCGCCGAGGACGUGGCGCAAUUGCUGCAGCGGGCGAUGCGGCGCGCGUCCACGUCGACUUUCGAAGCUCUUGUCACCAACGUCGUCGCCACGUACAACGCGACGGGCCAGGCGCAGCUGCUCGACGAUAUCGUCGAAGGCGCGUUUGGCCCGAUGCCGCCGACCGGCGCCAAGGCGCCGUCGGCGCGCCACACGCUCUUCGCACUGCGCGAGAUUUCCGACCGACGCGUCUCCUCGACGCCCGUGUCGUCGUCCGGUCUCCGCCGCUUUAGCGACAGCUCGCUCCACGAACGAUCGGUGCGGUCACUACCCGGGGGCACGGCGAGCGUCGCGUGCCAGACGGACGACGACGACGGCGCCGCGCUUCCCGCGACCGCAUGCGGCAUGGGCGGCGGCGACGACGACGACGAGCCUCUCCAAGUGCGCAAGGCGCCGGUGACGGUCACGGCGCUCGUCAAGAAAUCCAAAAACAAGAAGAAACUCGACCGAAGCGUCGUGCCCAACGCGUUCGCAUCGCUCGUCACGUCGUGGAAGAUCAACUCGGACCAGCUCGCGCAGUACUGCAAGAAGCCGCUGGGCGUCGUGCUCAAACUCAUUUCCGACGUCUACGCCGAGAAGCUCUACCGCCGGAAGCGCGAAACCAAGCCGCUCAAAGCCAACUCGCUCGCGCGCAUCUGCUACCAGACGCUCUUGCACGCGUACGGCCUCCCGUCCAUCGCCGACAUGCACCUCAUCGCGCUCGGCGUCGCGCUCGACAUGUACCGCAGCGACUGCCUCCGCGUCGACGCCUUUUGCAAGUUUGUGUACCACGAAGUGCCGGCGGCCGAGUUGCGCCAUUAUCUCAACUGCCUCGAGACGAUGCUCGAGAUGGACGUCGACGACGACGCGCCCAAGAAGGGCCGGGCGUCGCGCCUCCCAGUGCCCGACCGCGCCGACUGGGACAUUUCCCUCGAGCGCGCCAUGGACGUGUCGGUGCACUGCCUCGCGUCGAUGCGGCCCGCGGCGAUUUCUGCGUUUCUCGAAAAACUACUGCAUGGCAAGAGCCCGCGCGCCGACGUCGGCGACGAGGUGGUGGCCGCCGAUGUGUUUUUGGACCUCGUCGUCGCCGAGUGGCGCGACGAGCAACGCCGCCGCGAAGCUCAUUUGCGCGACGCCUUCCGCGCCGGCGACAACAACGGCGACGGCGUCCUGAGCUUUGCCGAGUUCCAGCGCAUUGUGCUCUCGAUCGACAAGCGCCUCGACGACGCCGACGUCCUCCUGCUCUUUAGCGAGACCCUCCGGCGCACGGGCAGCGACUCGAUUGACGCCGAGACGUUCCUGAGCGUCGCCAAGGAAAACGGUUUGGAUGAGAAGGCGUGGGAGGCCGACGACGACAUUGGCGCCACUGUCAACUCGCUCGCCGACCUCGACAUGGUCUGGCCGUUGUUGCAUCCGUUCUUUGUCGGGACGCUGGAGGCGCUGGCGCGCGACUGCCCGCCGACCCACGCACUGCGCAAUUGCCGAGGCGCGGGCUGCGGCUGCCUCAAAUGCCUUGUCCAAGGCUACGCCGGCUUCCAAGUGAUGCGCGGCAGUCCCGGCCAGCACACCAUGCAGAUGAUCUGGAAGCGCUUUUGGCACUUGAUGAACCAGCUCUACGAGGCCACUGAGCAGUGUGGCGGCGUCAUUACACCGUGGACGGGUGCUGCGCCCAUCCGAUCGCUGCCAGCGGGGCCAUUGGCGCCACGCAGCGUCGAUGCGCGCCGCGGUGCGCUGCCGGUGCUGCUCUUGCCGGACGUGGCCCGCAUCUCGGGCAAAACGGGGCAAACGACCGAGUAUUUCACCGAGAAAGAGGUGCUCGCGAGCCUCGACGCCGUGCUCCGAUGA